AUGUCAACCGGCCGAUGGGGACGAGGGCUGGCCGAUGAGGCAUUUGUUGCGUUGCUGUUUAGUCAAGUGUUUUGGAACGAGCCCGUCACGCAGCGACGACAAUUCAACAGCACGGCAACCGCUCUUGCCGCAAGUAGCUACAUUCUUCAGAAGAACGAGAGCAGGAACGAUGGAGACGAAACACCAAAAACGGCGGCUUCGGUGAUGAAUUGCAGAGCGGUACCUCUCACUCUGGACAUGGCCCACAUGGCUCCCCUCCAGAGAAGCACAUCGGCUAUGGGACACAUCGAUUCAGAACUCCUCGCCGAAGGAGACGAACCACCGGAAAGGAAAGAGCGCGCCCUUGUUGACUCUCCCCGUUUGGACGCUGCUUUUAUCAAAUCACUACCCCCGGCCUUCACCCGCAGGGAAUCUCUUCUUACUCGCCAACUACACUCCCCGGAACCAGAAUACCCCCAUGAGGAUGAACAUCAACGUGCCAGAGCCAUCGUCCGUGGCAUGUCGGCCUGGAGCAACCAUAGCGUAGCCUCUACCGCCGAGCUUACCAGUGAUAAUGAUCUGACCAGCCCUGGAACCCGUGAAAGCACACCAAGCCCUCCCUUACCCCCAACCUUGAUCAGAGAAUCUAUCCCGACACUGGAGAAGUCGCCCCACAAGGAACCCGUCAUUGUUGGAGACAGACAGAACAAGCCCGAGAAGUCUGUAGAGGCCGAGCUCGGCCGUCCCAGAUGUAUUACAUUUGCUUGCGGCGGCAAGAAGCCCAUCUCAAACCAUGCCACUUCCGAAAGCGAACAGGACAAGAAGCCUGCGCCAGUCUCAGCCCCUGCGGAGCCUCCAAAGCGUAAGACAUGCAUCACCUUUGCUUGUCCUUCCAAGCCUGCUGUCCAAACAACACCUAUCAAGGAAAAGACCAAGGCCAUUUCUCUCGCUCCCGCCCAAGCUCCAAAAAUGAGAAUUGUCAGCCCUGGACCCAAAUCCUCAAGAACCCAGACAUCACCAAAACACUUUCCCAGAAACCAUCGCGGCUCGGAUUCGACUGUCAAAAAUGACUCUCCGAAAAGCCUUCGCAAAACUCCAUCGCUGCCCGUCCGAAGACGCAAAUACAGCAUGGAUAAUGACGAUGUUCCCGGUGAGGAAAGACGAUUCCACGAAUUCGGACCUUCCGAGGAAGAAAACGAACAAUGGCUAGAAGAAUCCGGUUGCUACCGUCAGCGAUUGACUGUCAACGACACUCUGUACAAGGAGAACAUUAUUAGACAAAUCGGUGAGGAAGUCGAGGAAGAGGCUAUUGAAGAAGAUGAAGAGCUUGAUGACGAAGAGCUUGAAGAAGACGAAGACGAAGAUGAGGAUGACGAAGAUGUCGAAGACCUCGACAUUGAAGAAGCUGUUUCAGACGAUGCAGUCUCCGAUGCUGGUUUCCAAACUGAUGACGAGGAUGGCUUCGCGGUCUCGGAUAGUGACGAAGACGGCAGCGACAACGAAUGGUGGGCUCCUAGAGGCCGCUCGACUGCCGCCACUUCUAUGGAACACGUAGAACACAUCCGUCCCACUCGCAGACGUACCAACUCGGACUCGUCCUUAGGAUCGGCACACGGAGAGAACAAGACGGCUUCGGCUCCCUAUGGCAUGGUCAAGCGCAAGAGUCGCGCAGUUAAGAUCAACCGCCCUCAAACCCCCGACCUUCCGGACAGCACCGACUUCGUCUGCGGCACACUCGACGAGGAUCGUCCUUUGGAGCAGGCAUACAUCAUGAGCCUUGAGAGGAGAAAGGCUGCCAAGCACAAGGCUAAGCCCCAAGACAUCGAUCCUACCUUCCCCACGUCCGAUCCGGAUAUGGACGAGGAAGACGAUGAUGAUGAAGAUGAAGACGUUGAGGAGAGUGAUCAGCCUCUCUUCAUGCACGGCAAGAUUGAGAUGAAUGAAGACAUGGGCCAUCGCGGCCGUCACCAUUCCAAGAUUGCUCCCAAGAAGAAGUCGAUCUCACCCCCACAACAGCGUCUUCGCUCGCCUCCUCCUCCCAAACAUCGUGUUCACCGCUCUCCUCCACCGUCGGCCAAGCGUCUUCGAUCGCCCGCUCCGAUCAAGCGCACUGCCCAUAAAUCACCACCUCCUCGUAAGCUGUUUGGUCAGUCACCAAGACGCUUGAGAUCUCCACCUCCUCCACCUCGCCGUCCUACGUCCCCACCCCCUUCUCUGCGCAGUUCUGUUGAGGGCGUCUCUGCAAUCAGCUUCACGCCCAGAGCCACUCUUGCGAGACGACCUCAACCUACUCACACCGCAUCGCUUCCUCGUGUCGAAAGUCAGGUCAAGAUCGGUAAGAACGCCAUGGCCACUUCGCCUGAUGAACAUGACGACCCGUUGUCUGGUAUGAGAACAGCUCGUGGAGCGAUCGAUAUUGUUAAGGGCCUUGAGAAGAAACGUCAGCGACGCAAGGAGAAGCUCUAUCAGAAGCACUGUCAGAAGGGCGGCAAAGACCGCGAACGUAAACCAAAGCCCGGCAAGGGCGCCGAAAGAAUGAGAGAAGUUGGACUUGAGCUGGCCGCAUACAAAGGCAAGAAACAGCACGUCCUCUCCUACUAG